AUGCUGCGCCUGCGCAGAGUGCUGCAUGCGAGAUCGGCUGAAAUGUGGCUAGACUCUCUCAGCAGCAGCAGCAUCGAUACAAUAGUAUGGCUGAUGAGACAGUUAAAGAGUUGGAUGAAAGACCGGUCUAUCGAGACCCUCCUAAUUGGAUUUUGCAGCACCCUAAGUAUCUCGACUUCAUACGACUAGACGUGGGGGAUAGUGCUCAGGUACACGCUGCAUUCCUUGUCUACAUGGAUCUCACAGAAGUACGUCACUGGAAGUGUGUGUCCAGCUUUACCUGUCCUAAACUGGAAGCAGUCCUUCUACAAGGCUAUGAGAAAGAAGGGGAUGUAGCACAAGCUGUGCUUCCGCUGCCUGCUCACAGAAAACUUAGUCACAGAGAGGUGCGGUGGGUUUUGAGCAGAGGUGCUACCAUGCUGCUAUGUGCAGUAGCAUCAGACUCCACACUAGUGUACCAGAGGCUUAGCAAUGGCCUUGUGACCCCUGACCCCCCAGUUGACAUCCAAGAUCAGGGACGUCGACAGCACCGCAAGCGUAGGAUACCUCCCUGAGUCUCAACAGAAGUCAUGAACUAAUUAAUAUGAGCUUUCUUCAGUUGCUCCAGAGACAUUGGAAUUAAAGAGGGUUGUUUCCCGGAGGGCCUGGUAUGGACAUAUAAACAUAAUGCGGUUGGGAGAACUGCAUCCAGUGAGUUGGAAUAUUAACCAGUGGCAGGAGUAUCACGGGUGCGUCAUUGUUCUCUUCCUACAUUUCAAAAUUAAAAUUUGCCAUUCAAUUCUUUUCUAAACUCCUGGGAAAGUUUUGUUUUUCCUCUACGUUUCAGUUGUUAGGAAGUCUAUUUUGUCACUUUUGGAAGCUAAAGGCUAAUUGGUGUAACCCACUUCCAGUGAGUUAUGCUGAGCUAGCCUAUCGGGUUAUUGCACACACAGAAAGAGAAGGGUAUGUAUACUCUUAUCUAACUCAUGAGCUAGGUUUCCCAGAAAGGUGACUCAUAUGACAAAAGAAAAGGCAUAAGUUGUUUUUUUGUGUUCAUGUACAAUUGAACAGAUAAUAUCCAUUAAACACAGGACGGAAAAGA